AUGCAUAUCAAUCGCCCCUCCACUUUAACCCUUGCACUGAUUUUGGCUGUUACUCAAUCGACUACAUCCCACCCUAUCCAAACCAGCAAAUGGGUCAAGACAGAACAAUUCCAAGACCCUAAUGCCCGUGGGAUAUGGAAGAUCUUUGAGAAAGAAGGAUUGGAUCAAUUACCUGACCCGCCGCACGUCAAAUACAACGGGAACACAGCAUGGCCAACCAACCAAGAACACGAACCAACAGAGCAAGACACACCAAAUAAUCGUUAUGCAACAGGAACUUCCGAGUCGGGGAAACCAACAGUCUCAAUCCUGAUCCCAGCAUCCCCAGAAAGACCUGAGCACAUGCACAAGCCCUACAACCAACAUACGGGAGAACAGGAACACCACUACACAGAAAACAAGGAGAGCUCAAUUGAUGCACUCGCUCCCCAGAGACACGGCGACUACAGUGAUAUUCUACAAUACCUGCACACGAAAAAUACCUUGAACAAUGACCACAAACACACCACACUUGCAUCUUCCUCCUAUUCUUCAUUGGGCUAUUCGUCCUCUUUCUUUACAUAUCGCUUCUCCCUGCCGACUUUGAGAUCGAAAACUUUGACGUUGUGGCACUAUCCUCUUCCGGGAGUUUUUCCAACGGUGAUUAUUCUCCUGGUAAUGGUUUGGGUUUCUAUUUUCACCAUUGGGUUGCUUGAAUUGGGGAAUUAUCUUUGGAGACGGAGAGGACAGGCCUUGGUUAGGGAAAGUGAUCAGGUUAUGGAUAGUGAGGAGCGGAAUGAGGAUGCAGAUGAGACAAUGAAGAUCCCCUUGAGAAUCGUCAUUGCUCCUUCGGAAAGCACCCGGCCACACUCCGUGGGGGAACAUGAGUAUGAGUUCCUAGAGUCUGUUUAUAGUGACUAUGAGUCGGACUCGGGUUCGGAAUCUGAUGAGGAUGACUAUCGCAUGUUUUGA